AUGAAGUACACGUGUGUGACUAUAGCCCUAUUAUCAAUAACUUGGACGAUAUUCAGUAUUGUAUCCGUGGAUGGGGCUUUCACGAGGGACCCUGUUGUGGAUGCCUCGUUCCACGAAGCCUGCAAUCAGGUGGACAGGGCUAUUGAACAAUCUAUGAAAACUAUCAAGCACAACAAGAAUCCAAAGAGUCCAAGUGAUUUGUUAAGAUUAUUCCGAUUUCCCACUCGAGACAUGAUACGAGCAGCCUUGCCGGAGGAAAUACUAGAAAGAACAAUAGCUAUUGUGAAAGACCACGAUGCAAGUGUCAAGUCAAUGCGAAAACGACGGCAUACCGAAGACGAAAACGAUGACGAUACUCGACUCACUCAGGACAUGGUUGGGGAAAUUGCCGCGAUGUCUGGGUGUAAUGAUUUCCCCGUCACAUGCCAUGACAUGUGUUUCCAUUCAAAGUACAGGACCAUCGAUGGCACAUGCAACAAUUUCGACAGACCGACUCAAGCAGCGUCUUUGACCCCGUUCGCUCGCAUUAUAGCCCCAGUUUAUGAAAAUGGUUUUAAUGAGCCAGUUGGUUGGAACACCAAUAAGAUGUACGACGGAUUUCAUAAACCGAGCCCACGUAAAGUUUCUUAUACGAUUGGAUCUACUACGACUAUCACCAAUAACCACGAAAUCACCGACCUUGUAACACUCUUUGGACAGUUUCUGGAUCAUGAUAUGGAUUUGACGCCAAUGUCCCCCAGUUCAGUUUCGUUUAACGAUGACACUCCUUGCAAUGAAACAUGUCGUAAUAACCCUCCCUGUUUUCCGAUUGAUAUCCCCGAUGACGAUCCCCGCAUCCGUGAUUUACGGUGUAUGGAGUUCGUCAGAUCGAGUGCAGCAUGCGGGACAGGUAUUCAAGGGGGUAUGCCCGUACGAGAGCAAAUCAACGCAAUUACGUCAUAUAUUGAUGCCUCACAAGUCUAUGGAAGUUCAUUGACCCUUGCUGACACAUUACGAGAGUUCGAUGGAAAGGGAAGUCUGAGAGUGGGAAGUAGUGAAACACACACUGGUCGGCCCUUUUUGCCGUUUGACCCCGAUUCUCCAAUGGCGUGUUUAAGUGAUGAAAGCAUGGACGAUAUUCCUUGUUUUCUCGCUGGAGAUUCUCGAGCAAAUGAACUGACUGGUCUCACUUCUAUGCACACCCUCUUUCUGCGUGAACACAAUCGCAUCAGUAAUAUGUUAUCACAGAUCAAUCCACACUGGGACGAUGAACGACUAUAUCAAGAAGCACGUCAAAUAUUGGGGGCCACAUUACAGCAUAUUACAUAUGAUCACUAUCUACCUAAGAUUAUCGGUGACGUUGGUAUGGAAUCCAUGGGUGUGUACAACGGCUAUGACCCAGACACUAAUGCCGCUAUAGCUAAUGUAUUUGCCACGGCCGCGUUUAGAUUUGGCCAUGCAACAGUGAAACCAUUUAUCUCAAGACUUGACGAGCAUUUUAACGAAACUUCAGAAGGUCAUCUACCACUACACCGUGCAUUCUUCCAACCUUGGAGAAUUGUUGAAGAAGGUGGUAUAGACCCAGUUAUUAGAGGAUUCUUUGCUACAGCUGCCAAGGAUCUCAAUCCCGGUGAAAUAAUGACAGACGAGCUGACUGAACGUUUGUUCACUCUCACAAACUCUAUCUCAAUGGAUCUUAUGUCCCUGAACAUUCAACGAGGGCGUGACCACGGCUUGCCAAGUUACACUGAAUGGCGAAAGGAUUGUGGCCUGCCUAAAGGACGAACAUUCAAUCAGUUGAAAAGAGAGAUAUCCAAUGACGAAGUUCGUGAGAAACUUGAAGAUUUAUACGGACACCCGAAUAAUAUAGACCUAUACAUUGGUGCAUUGGCCGAAGAUCCCCUUGAAGACAGUCUACUUGGGCCUACAUUCACUUGCAUACUGGCAAAACAAUUCAAGAAUACACGGAAUGGAGACAGAUUCUGGUACGAGAGGCCUGGAUACCUUACACCAAAUCAGCUGGCAAGCAUAAAGAGGACGUCACUUGCGCGUGUAAUCUGUGACAAUACAGACAUCAAGCACGUGCAACGGGAUGUUUUCUCAAUGCCAAGCAUCAGUGGUGGAUUUUUGAAAUGUGAUGACAUACGUGGGGCUGACUUAGCAGAUUGGACUGACCGGUCCGGUAAUCUAGAUCACACUCCGCCGCAUAUCAAGUGUCCAAUGAAUAUAACUCAUUACAUCUCAUCUAAACAAGCAAAGGUCACGUGGGUUGAUCCGAUCACCACCGACGAUUCCAACGACCCUGUGAAAGUCACGUGCACAAAAGGCAGUGGGCAAAUCUAUUCACUGGGAGUGACGACGGUAAUGUGCACAGCCACCGACUCUUCGGGGAACUGCGCUACAUGUCGAUUCUCCAUCAACUUAGAAUGCGUCGAAACUGACAUCCUGUUAAUGGCGCAUGGUGAAGACGCUUCAUCUUGUUUUCCACAUAGCGAGCGUCAUACUAACUUUUCUUGA